UUCACCGGCCGUUACACGUCGUUGAGUUCGAGACCAUUUUACAGCCUUUUACGUUUUACUCCGAGCAUUUGGCGUGUCAGGAGCAACAGAGCAACAGGUUGCUGUCAUGAAAACAACAUCGUACCCUUAGGUAAUCGUGGCGAGAGGAGAUGAACAAAUGAAAAUGAGUGAUACAACGGAUAAUAAUAAAUACAAGUGGACUCCGGAGAGUACAACUCUUCUCGUUUCUGUGUGGACAGACAGACAGGUCCAAAAACAACUGGAGUAUGCGGUAAAGCCUCAAUUAAUAUGGGAAAGUAUCGCCAAGUACAUGAGCAAAAAAGGGUAUGGGGUUACAGCUCGACAAUGCAGGUCCAGAAUGAAGCAAGUCUUGGUUUGUUAUCGGGAGGCGAAAAAAACUGGGACAAGAGCGGGGGUCGAGCGUUAUUACGAAUCAAUUGAUAAGGUUUUGGAGAAUAAACGAUUGAGUAGAGGAGAGGCUGAAGCAGAGGGGGAAAUUGGGACUGAUGCUGGGGGUGUGGAUACUGUGGACGCCAGUGAAUUUGUGCUGAAAUCCCCAGAGAAAGAGAUAAAAACCCACGCAAAUUUUCUGAUGCGGCGAAAUAAAUUGGAGGAUCCACCGGAGCCCUUGAUCCGCCAAAUUGACAUUGAUCCUCGCCCUUGGACAUAUUUACCCCAGGAGUACUAUGCAGAUUCAUCAGAAUCCAAUGAAACCGUGCUGGCACGUCCCCACCGUUCGCUAUCACCUACAAUUCGCGACCCAAGAAUGAACUUCGAGCCCAAAACACUUCGAUCAAAUAUGAAAUCUGUCCGUAGAUCUCUGCCAGAGGAUCGCUAUCGUUACAACACCCUGGAGGCAAAUCGUUUCUCCGAAAUGCCACUGAAGAACACAGUGCAAAAUGUUCAAAAUCAGAUAAUCCAGGAGAACAUGCUUCUGAAGAAUCAAUUAUCCGAAAAUUACAUGAGCAACCAGGGCCCUCAGUCCCUGGACUACUGCAAUUUUCCCCCUCGAAAUUAUCCCCCAGACAACAUGAUGUACUACCCGACGAGACAAUCCACAAAUCUUGCUAGAAUUCAGAGUCAAUUGCAGCAGUGCGCCCUGUCAGAACGAUUGGAUAAUCCAAAAAGUUUCAUUCCCUUCACCACGAAGAAUUCCGAAAACGUCAAUUACAAAAUUCCUCUCCGUUCCCAGACCUAUCCCUCAGACAUCGCCCCCAACUUGAACGAGGCUUUUUGCCAGGGGAAGAUGUCCCAGCCGGUGGCAGCCCACAAUUUGAACGAGACGUACGAUCAAGACAAUGAUAUGUUUCCAGUCAAUACAACAACAAUAACAAACAAUGCGACAUUCAACGAUGACACACUGUCCAUAGAAUUCAUUGAGGAGUCACCGAGUCCAUCCGAAAAUGGAUUGAUUAGCUCCAAGAAUCAGUCUCCGAAUCCCCCCAAUGCGCCAUUCAGAAAGAAAAAAGCCCAGAAGCUGGAGCAAUUGAUGUUGAGUGCUAUUACAUCGCAAACUGAAGUUGUCAAUAAAAUUUUGGCGGCCCAGGAUUCAAUGGUGACUCGAAUUCUGGAUAGAGAUCAGAAUCGUCAGGAUCGAUUAGAGAAUCGUCUGGAUCAGCUGAUGAAUGUAGUCCAGGCGACAGUAUUGAACAAGAGUGGAGGAGGCACUGAAAAAUCAGUGGAUCACACACCACCGGCUAUUAUUCCAUCAGGUCCUCUCUGCUUUUCACCACCACCUAAACCAGGAACUGUUCCUCCGAAGCUGGACUUGGUCCCUCCGAAACCCUGCAGAGUGCCCUGUACCAGUCCUUCCUCAAAUAUUGAAUUGAUAACCCAGAGCUCUGUGACAACGAGACCUGGUGUGAUAAGACCGUCGAAACCAGGAACAAUAUGGUCCAAGUUGGGGCCAGUCUCGGCCUCUCCCUUUGUUCAGGCACAGAAAGAGAUGAAUACAGCAGCUGGACUCCCACCGUCUGUAUCCAACGACUGGAAAAUGAAGUCAUCAGCUGAGAGACGAAUAGCCAUGGGGUCUCUCUCGAUUUUUGAGGGAAAGGUGGCGAUGGAAGAGACUCAGAGAUUUCUGCAGGCUGAGAAACUCAUGGAGGAGAGGAUUGAAAAUGCUCGUCAGAUCGUCUUCCAAAAUAUUGGGAAAAAACCGGACACUCAGCCAGCGCGACGACAAUUAUUCAAUUUCAAGCAAGCGGAGGACAAAGAGGAGAGGGAGAUUAAAUGUCCAUCAGUAGCUAAAAUUCUGACAGCCAACUUUCUGGAUAUUGAACGACAGGCUGAGGAAAGAUCUCGAUACUUUCCUAUUUUUAAAUAUAAAAACGAAAGGAAUGAUGAACUUUUGAGUGGUCAGGGUGAGGGUUACGCUCGAUUGAGGAAUCUUGAUCAAGUACUGGCAUUUAAUACUUCAACACCAACGAAACUGGAGCAAAAGCCAAGGCAAUCGGAAGUAGAUGAUGUCCCUAAGCAGACGAUCCAGCAGUUGGCACAGCUCGUGAUGCAGAGUGCACGUUGGAAACAGACAGCCAAUCGAGUUGAGCCCAUAUCAUCAGCACCACCACCACCUCCACUACCUUCUGCCAGUUACGAUAAUUAUGCUCAACGUCAAGGGUAUAAUAAAGCUCGCGAUUGGCUACAGGAUCGUUACUCUUAUGGGGUUGAGCCGUCGAAAGGUCCCAUGGGAUUUGUCAAUCCCAGGAAUUACCGAGAGAGGGAGAAUGAGGAAAUGAGGGAGAGACAGGAUUUUAAAACGAUUGGAUUUAAUCCCGAGAUUUUGUCUUCCAAUCAAUAUGAAAGGGAUGAGUAUCUCCUGGAGAAGGAGAGAAUGGCGGGCAGGCAAAGAUACAUCAAGGGAAAUUACGGGAACUCUGGACAACGUGAUAUUAAUAAAUUUGCUCAGGAUGGAGUGGGCCAGAAGGACAAGAGGAAUCGGGAGUCUGACGUUGAGGACAAUGACGAAUAUCUCGAUACUACCACGACCUUGAAACCUUAUCGAAAAACUUCAUUGACUUCGAGUGGGACUUCUGGUACUGGGACUGCUAAAAAUGCCGCUGGGUGUGCCAUAUCAUAAUUUUUCAUUUGCUUUUUCAUUUUUUUUUUAUUAUUAUUCAGGAUUAAAUCAUUCUAUUAUUUCAAUAAUGAAGUGAAAAGCCGGAGAGACAGCUGAACCAUGACAUUUUUUUUGUUGAUAAAUUAAUAGACUGUGAAGAUCAUUUGACUUUUUAGGGAAUAAUAUAGGCUCUUCCGCUCUUCACUUCUUACAAUUUGUCUUCCAACGAAAAUACAUGAGAUUUAUUGGUCAGCAGUGAUUGACU